GGACUCUCCCUUGUCAGGACUCUGAGAUCGGGCCUCAAGGUUGCCCUUACAAUGGGUUGGAUUCACAAUUUCAUUGGCAAGUACGGGGCACCGCCCGAUGACCUUCCCAUAUUCGACAUUCGAUUUGUAGAAGCUGGAAUUGCCAUGGUUCAUGAAGCUGCGGCAGCUGGGAGCUCUAGCAAGACAAUGAGUUCUCUUCGACGGACCUACCUUCUAGAAGAGCUCAUUGGAACAGGCAAAUUUGUCAAAUACAUCAAUAACAAUAGUGCAACUCCGGUUGCAUCUCUCAGCCCUGAUAGGCGUUCUCUUGCAGAGUUCCUGUGCUUCACUCAACAUGUUCAAUAUGAGCAAACGGAUGGUCUUGUUUUUCUCUCUGACCUGCAAGGAUCCGGUGCUCUGUUGACUGAUCCGCAGAUUAUGACAUCCCCUUCCCUUGAUGGUGGCCUCUUUGGUGGAGGAAACUACGGAAAAUUCUUUGAGCAGUUCCCUGAGCAGCAUGUCUGCUCUAGAUACUGUGAGUUUUUCAAGUUAUCUUCUCUCCAAGAAGAUUAG